AUGAAGUUCUCGGCCAUUGUUGCUAUCCUUUUUGUUGACCUCGUCACGGCUGGUCCUGUGGCGAGAAGAGCCCGUGGCGGCGGCAAUGACGUGCCCGAUAUCAACUCCGGAUUCAUCCAGCCUCCAAAUGAUGAUGGUGACCUUCCCAACAUCAACACGGGAUUCAUCCAACCCUCAAAUGAUGAUGAUGACUUUCCCAACAUCAACACGGGAUUCAUCCAGCCUCCCCCAUUGAACGAGAAUGCGCCGCGGCCCCUUCCCCUGAGCGGUGCUCGCGAUGACAACGCCAUUUUUUCCUCUAAAGACUAG